GGUGGAUGACGCAUGGUUAAAUCUAAAAUAAAGUUCCUGCGUGUCUUUUCCAGUGAAGGCAGAGACUAAAUGUGCCAAAAAUAUCAGGUAGCCUUGUUUGUCUUUACAGCUGGAGCAUCAUUUUGCACUAAAGUUUCUUUCAUAAGAACACGAUCUUAUUGAGUAGAACUAGAACACUCGAGCUGUAAGCUUGCUGGAUGUGAGAUCUGAAGGAUUUCCCUGGCAAGAUUCAUCUUCAGAGACAUUACAGUCCCUGCUGAGCAACUCCCAAAGGUGCUUCAGGAACUAGAAAGCAAUGGAAAUCUAGAGAAGGUGCACAGCUCCCCUCACGGCCUGCGAGUCACCCCGAUUGGGUGAGACCGGCCCUCCUCACAGAUACAAUCACCGGAGUUUGAGCUUCAGCUUCCGCUUCCGAGCAACACACACAUCUGCAGCGCGCUUGUGAGAAAAUCCGAGCAACACAGGCGAAAUGCUGCAGGAACAUCGAUUCGACGUUUCCAACGCUUCAGCUGCGGGUGUUGCGUAGUCAUCAACUUCCGGCUUUCUUGGCGACUGCAGCUCACGUGACCACAGCGCGCCGAUGACGUCAUUGUAGCGCCCAAUUUCAAACGUUCGGUGAAAGCGCGGGACCGAGUUCAGCGGAGAAACGGUGAGUGCCUAAAAUGAAUCAGAACAGAACUAGUGAAGCUAACAGAUAUGGAUUUGCUACACCUCAAAGUGCCCCACGUGGUGCAUGGCUUGGUUCAGGAACCUCUGAGAGAAGAACUAGCUUCUUUGGAAGAAGGACAAGUGGCAUUGGAACUUUUGCUACUGAUCUAUAUGGUGCCUGUGGAGGCUCAGAAAAGAUAAAAGACCCCAGACCACUUCAUGAUAAGUCCUUUGUGCAGCAAUGUAUUCGGCAACUUUGUGAGUUUCUAGGGGACAAUGGUUAUCCGCAGUCUAUUUCAGUGAAGAGUUUGCAGUCACCCACAUCAAAGGAAUUCGUGAAGAUAUUCUCCUUUAUGUUCAGCUUGAUUGAUUCAUCUUACCAACUACCUGAUUCAAAGUUUGAGGAAGAAAUCCCUCGAAUCUUCAAACUUCUUGGGUAUCCCUUUCCAUUGUCAAAAAGUUCAAUGUACACGGUUGGAGCUCCACACACUUGGCCACAGAUUCUUGGUGCAUUAAUUUGGUUAAUAGAUGUUGUCAAGUUGACCAAGUCCAUCAAUCCAGAUAAGAUUCUGUUUGGCCCAGAAAAGGACUGGGAUGAAGUGGAGAAUGUGACUGCUGAUGGUGUACAUCAUAAUAGGCUGUUCCUUAGCUACGUGAGUAAGUGUUAUUCACGUCACCUUGCUGGCAUUGAUGACCACGAAGACUUGGACUUGGAGAAUUUGGCCUUGCUAAAGCAGCAUUUUGGGGUGGAUGAAGCUCAAUUUGAAGAAGUUGCCGCUGAGAACAGGAAGCUCUCAGAAGAGUUGAAUAAGCUGGAGAAAGAAAAGCAAAAUGAACCAGAUAGAGUUCAGGCUCUAGAGAAAACCAAAGCAAGCCUGCAGGCAGAUCGGGAAAAAUAUAAGAAAUAUCUUGAAGAAAUGGAAAAUCAUAAAGCUACCCUGGAACAGAGAGCAAAAGAAAUUGAGGAAGAAAUAGAAGCCACAGCAUUGGAGUUGAAUGCAGUUAAAGAAGAGAACAAACGAUUGCAGCAGAUCUAUGACCGGCAGGAGAAUUCAGCUGUAGAUGCAAUGAAGAUGAAUCGUGAGAAAAAUGAAUUACAUCAGACAUUAAUGUCACUGAGUGAAAGUCUCGAGGAUGCAGACAAAAGGAUGUGGAAGGAAGAGAUAAAUGUGUCGAAGGCCAAAGAAAUGCUGGAAAUCAAACUACAGGAGUAUCAUACAAUGGCUCGGAAGCUCAAACUAAUCCCCAAAACAGCGGAAAAUGCUCGAGGACGAGAUUUUGAGAUAAGUCUCAUGGAUAUUGCCUCAGGGAAAAGGGAUUUCUUACAAAAGACCCUAACAAUAAGGCAUGACCUAGUGGCACUUUUAAAGGAGCAAAAUAAAGAAAUGCAACAUUUGAGAAAUAAGCUGAUGAAUGUGCAAGAGGCCAAUGAACAAGUUCAGGCCAUGAUAGAUGACAAAGCAAAUGAUUUGAAAAUGUUAACAGAACAAAUUCGUAAAGUGGAUGGAACCAUGGAACAAAAAAAGGAGGAAGAUGAUCGAAAAAUGGCAAAACAAGUUGAAGAGCUUGAAUCUCUGGAAAACAAAAAAAGGUUUUUGCAGAAGACCUCAAAGACCAUGAAGGAAGAAUUAGAUGAAGCAAUUGGACAACUGAAAGCAGCUAAAUACCGGGCUGAUGAAGUGGAGCUGAAGAUCACAGAAGCAAAGAGAAAAGCGAAAAACGACUUGCACUUUGCCUUGGAGACAAUGAUCCAGCAUGUUACCAUUAUAGAGAAUUACCUUGAAGAUUAUCAAAGGAGUGCUGCAAGAGACCAUGAAGAACUCUUGAAAGAAGACUUUUUAAAGGAUCUUCAGUGCAUAACUGAAUCGUGUAAAGAGAAGAGUAAUUCUGUGUGCGCUUUGGCCAGUUAACAUUGUACAGGGUUCUGUUUCUGUGUUCAUUUUAUAUUAAGAAAUAAGUUCACAUUGUUGCAGUUGUAGGUUGUCUUCUGGCUGGUCAAACAAUUGUUAGAUGCAGUAGAAAGUACAUGCUUAAUCUAACUUCUAAACAAGAAAUGUAUUCCUGAAUUUAUCAGCAAAAUUAUUCAAGUAAAUCCAUAGGAUAACCUGCAAAAAGCGCUUUGUAGCCUAGACUGUUUAUUCUAUUGAGGUCAUCAGUGCAAGACUGCAAGUACACAGAAUAUGUUAAGAAUUAUUGUUGUAAAAUUCAUAAUAAACUAGCAUCAGAUGAA